UUUCCCGCUGUCAGGAUGAGGAGGCGGAGGUCGGCGCUCGGGUCCGUCUCUGCCCGCGGCUGUGGCGGUGCUGGCGGCUCCAGCCUUAGCGGUUCCUCCCUGGGCGGCGGCGGCGGCGGCUCGGUCGACGCCUCCUCCGCCAGCUGAGCCGGCGAGAGCCCAGGACGCCGUUUCCCUUCCCAUCCCCGCUCCCCGAGGCCGGCCGCCUGGCCAUGGCGCAGCCGGGCCCGGCUCCUCAGCCUGACGUUUCUCUUCAGCAACGGGUAGCAGAAUUGGAAAAAAUUAAUGCAGAGUUUUUACGUGCACAGCAGCAGCUUGAGCAAGAAUUUAAUCAAAAGAGAGCAAAAUUUAAAGAGUUAUAUUUGGCUAAAGAGGAGGAUCUGAAGAGGCAAAAUGCGGUUUUACAAGCUGCACAAGAUGAUUUGGGACACCUUCGGACACAGCUGUGGGAAGCCCAAGCAGAGAUGGAAAAUAUCAAGGCCAUUGCCACGGUCUCUGAAAAUACCAAGCAAGAAGCUAUAGAUGAAGUGAAAAGACAGUGGAGAGAAGAAGUUGCUUCACUUCAGGCUGUUAUGAAAGAAACAGUUCGUGACUAUGAGCACCAGUUUCACCUUAGGCUGGAGCAGGAGCGAACACAGUGGGCACAGUAUCGAGAAUCUGCAGAGAGGGAAAUAGCUGAUUUAAGGAGAAGGCUGUCUGAAGGUCAAGAGGAGGAAAAUUUAGAAAAUGAAAUGAAAAAGGCCCAAGAGGACGCUGAAAAACUCCGGUCUGUUGUGAUGCCUAUGGAGAAGGAAAUUGCAGCUUUGAAAGAUAAACUGACAGAGGCUGAAGACAAGAUUAAAGAGCUGGAGGCCUCAAAGGUUAAAGAACUGAAUCACUAUCUGGAAGCUGAGAAAUCUUGUAGGACUGAUCUAGAAAUGUACGUAGCUGUUUUGAAUACUCAGAAGUCCGUUUUACAGGAAGAUGCUGAGAAACUUCGGAAAGAAUUACAUGAAGUUUGCCAUCUCUUGGAGCAAGAGCGACAACAACAUAACCAGUUAAAACACACGUGGCAGAAAGCCAAUGACCAGUUCCUGGAAUCUCAGCGUUUGCUGAUGCGGGACAUGCAGCGAAUGGAAAUUGUGCUAACUUCAGAACAGCUCCGACAAGUUGAAGAACUAAAGAAGAAAGAUCAGGAGGAAGAUGAACAACAAAGACUUAAUAAGAGAAAGGAUCCCAAAAAAACAGAUGUUGAGGAAGAAGUAAAAAUACCAGUAGUGUGUGCUUUAACUCACGAAGAACCUUCAGCCCAGUUGUCAAAUGAGGAGGAGCAUUUAGAUAGCACCCAUGGUUCGGUCCAUUCCUUAGAUGCAGACUUACUGUUGCCAUCUGGGGAUCCAUUCAGUAAAUCGGACAAUGACAUGUUUAAAGAUGGACUCAGGAGAGCACAGUCUACAGAUAGCUUGGGAACCUCAGGCUCCCUGCAAUCCAAAGCUUUAGGCUAUAACUGCAAAGCAAAAUCUGCUGGAAACCUGGACGAAUCAGAUUUUGGACCACUGGUUGGAGCAGAUUCGGUGUCUGAGAACUUUGAUACUGCCUCCCUUGGGUCACUGCAAAUGCCCAGUGGGUUUAUGUUAACCAAAGACCAGGAGAGAGCAAUCAAGGCAAUGACGCCAGAACAAGAAGAGACGGCAUCCCUCCUCUCCAGCGUCACCCAGGGAAUGGAAAGCGCUUACGUGUCCCCCAGCGGUUACCGCUUAGUCAGUGAGACCGAGUGGAACCUCCUGCAGAAAGAGGUACAUAAUGCUGGAAAUAAACUCGGUAGGCGUUGUGAUAUGUGUUCCAAUUAUGAAAAGCAGUUACAAGGAAUUCAGAUUCAGGAGGCUGAAACAAGAGACCAGGUGAAAAAACUACAGGUGAUGCUAAGACAAGCAAAUGACCAGUUAGAGAAGACAAUGAAAGAUAAACAGGAACUGGAAGACUUCAUAAAGCAGAGCACUGAAGAUUCAAGUCACCAGAUCUCUGCACUUGUCCUAAGAGCCCAAGCAUCUGAGAUCUUACUUGAAGAGCUGCAACAGGCGUUUUCCCAGGCAAAAAGGGAUGUUCAGGAACAGAUGGCAGUGCUGAUGCAGUCACGGGAACAGGUCUCAGAAGAGCUGGUGAGGUUACAGAAAGAUAAUGACAGUCUUCAGGGAAAGCACAGCUUGCACGUAUCACUGCAGCAAGCAGAGGACUUCAUCCUCCCGGACACCGCAGAGGCACUGCGGGAGUUGGUAUUAAAAUACCGUGAGAACAUCAUUAACGUGCGGACAGCAGCGGAUCACGUGGAGGAAAAGCUGAAGGCUGAAAUACUUUUCCUAAAAGAGCAGAUUCAAGCAGAGCAGUGUUUAAAAGAAAAUCUUGAGGAAACUCUGCAGCUAGAAAUAGAGAACUGCAAGGAAGAAAUAGCCUCCAUUUCUAGCCUAAAAGCUGAAUUAGAAAGAAUAAAAGUAGAAAAAGGACAGUUGGAGUCCACAUUAAGAGAGAAGUCUCAACAGCUUGAGAGCCUUCAGGAGAUGAAAAUCACUUUGGAAGAACAGUUAAAGAAAGAAACUGCUGCUAAGGUUACCGUUGAACAACUAAUGUUUGAAGAGAAGAACAAAGCUCAGAGGUUGCAGACGGAACUAGAUGUCAGUGAACAAGUCCAGAGAGAUUUUGUAAAGCUUUCUCAGACCCUUCAGGUGCAAUUAGAGCGGAUCCGGCAAGCAGACUCCUUGGAGAGAAUCCGGGCAAUUCUGAAUGAUACCAAACUGACAGACAUUAACCAGCUCCCUGAGACAUGACACCCUCAUAGCAGGACUCUAGCCUGCACUUUGGGUUUUUAACUCAUCUUUAGAGCAACAUUAAUUAUUAUUUAACUCUUAACUGAAGAAGUCACACAAGAAAAGGAAGACUGGAGAAAUGUUUAACUCUAGUGGGAGAAGACUGCAGCACAGGAACAGCACACAGCAAAGGUCACUUGCAGCAAAAAGACCUUUCAAAUGGGAACACUAACUUGAUUCCAGUGGGGGGUGGGAUCAGACUUGGUGAUGGAGAAAGUGCUGUUGAUCCUUGCCUGCUUUGUCCAGCAUUUCCCUGCCCUGAAGCACCAUCCCAGCAGUGUUCGGAAUGACAUUUUCUGUUCAAAGAUAUUGGAAGAGAGAAUUUUUUUUUUUUUUUACCUAGAGUUCAUCAGUAACAGUAUUCAGCUAGCAGACAGAGGUAUAGUAUGCUGUAUGAAUAUUUUAUAUUAAAAUAUGAAGUUUGAGAGCAGGCUAUUGGCUAGUGACUAUUUCCUAGCUCAGUGCAUUUUUAAAAACCACUUUAUCUUGUGUUGGAGGACCUUAAAUGCUACUGAAACUUGCCUGAGAACCAUAAGAUGGUGGCAUACAAAACCAAUUCAACUGAAUUGGAACUGAAUUAAUUAUGAGAAUUUGAAAACUUCGCUGGGGCUUUAUAUAUUGGAAGUUGAAGUUAAAGGAAAAGCACAAGAAACUGCUUGGAAGCACUUUUUCUGCUACGUGGGUAUAUUUCGUGGGCGCACAGGUACCAGGGUCAGGCUGAACUGGCACUGUCCACUCUUUUGAAAACUUGUUUUAGUUUAGUUAUUGGAUCAGUGGAAAAAAUAUUAAUAAAACAAGCUAUGUCUGACAACAUCUAGUAUAAAUUUUUAAGUCUGCUGUUUAUUUUAUUUUCAACUUGAAUCAAAGGGCCUAAGUACUAUUUGUUUCAAGUGUCAAAUAGAAAAAUGGUGAUAACUAGGUUUGGCAGAUACCUAUUUUGUGUUUUUCUUUUAUAAUUUAGACUUGGAGUGUGAUAAUGCUUACGGUGAAGUUAGGGAAAACCCAGUUAGUUCAUCAGUUUGGAAGUCUGCCUUGUCAUUUCUGUGAGGUUAGAUUCCUUUCCUGUGUGGAGAAAAAUCCAUGAACAGGUUGCCCUUUGCCACAGCCUUAUGAAGUGUUGCAGAAGCACAAGAAUGGAUUCGUAUUCGCUCUACCUGCUGCGGUACCGUUAGCCAGUAGAAGGCUGCGCUAUUUAAUUCAUCACACAGGUGGGUCAAAAGUAAAAUCGUUUUCAAAUAAUUUUUGUGAUUGGUGUUGUGUAACAGCAGAGUACCUGAAGGAACCAUAUGGGGAUUAAGUGGAUUGUUCGGCUCACUUAAAGCUGUAGCUUUGCGGUUGAGUGAACUGUCUGUCAUAAAUGAAGUUGUAGUGGAUUAGCCCUAAAGAUCUUUGUCGCUGUCUUCCAGAGGACAAGAUAAGGACUACACACCUCAUCCCUUAGGCUCUUGCUGUAGUCUUACAUUCAUGAUUAUGAAUUCGAAAGUAAAUACUAAUUAUGGAAAUAGUGCUAUAGACUUGCUGUGCAUGAAACAUUAAUUGGUUUAAAAAAUCUCUUUGUAUGAAGUUCUACUUGGUUUCCUUUAAAGAAAACAUAUCCUUAUGGAGUUACAGGAAAUCUUAUUAAUUCCAAAAUGCAGUCACUUUAAAUUAUGUAAAUGUAAAACGGGUCCCUUGGAUAAACCCCGAGCUAAUUUGUUUUAGAUUAUUAAAAUUGACACUGUAAAUCAAGGUGGGUGAUUCAUAAUCUUCCUGAAUGAGCUGAACUGUAGCUCCCAGGGAACUGCUCGGCUGAGCCCCGGCACCUGGCUGAUGGCUUUCUCCACAAGCUGGCCCUGGGCCAGCAGAAUCAUGCUUAGGAAACUUAGCAGUCUCUAUGGUGGCAGAUGCAAAUUGUUGGAGCCCACUUUUUUGACAAAAAUAUGCUAGAAAAACCCAAACUGAGACUCUUUAAACUUUGUUAAGUAUGAAACACUUCUUUAAACUGGGUUUUCUGUGUAAAUGGGAAACUAAUUUAGAAGGUAGGGUUUAGCUCUUCAAGACAAAAGGUCAGCGGGGGUUCAUGAGUGUUCCUGUGCUUGUAUGCAGUCUGUGUACAUGUUCCCACGCAUGUCUAACCUGAUUUACCUCCUGCCUGUGACCUACCUUACCGUGUGGCUUUUAAUUGGCAGUCACUCAGCCACUUCUAGGCGGGUGUGGUAUUACCUUUCAGAACUCAUACUGGCAGGUAUAAAAACAUUACCUAAAGCUAAAGGGCAAACUCACAUGUGCAUACUGUUUGUUUCUCCCUUUGAGGUCCUACACCUGCACCUCGUACCCACUCAGCGACAUGUAUUGGGACACAGAGCACUGCCAGACUCAGCUCUGAAAGGUAAUACUGCCUGUCGAGGAAGCGAGCAGCAGUGGCCUUGAAACUGGGGAUCCUGAGCUCUGCUCUGGGCAGAUUUCAGGUAUAACCAUUUGUUAACUGUACUGAAGGUGUGUCCUUAAGAAGAAAGUGUUCAAAUUAAAAAAGCUGCUGCCUAGUA